AAAAUAGAACUCCACUUGCAAUCCCAGUCAGAUUGAAGUUCCAUCGGGUGCGUUGGGUUUCAUGUGUCCGCCGUCCAUAGUUUGGGAAGAAGUUCAUUUGAAGCCAUGGGCAGCCGUCUCAUUACCACCGUUGGUUCGGUUCUGGUAGUUUCGUGCCUGAUGGUGAUGAUGGACCGGCCAGUUGAGGCAGCAGGUCGUCUAUGCGGGAAGUCGUUGACUCAAGCUCUAUCUAUGAUUUGUCAAUCAUAUCCCACACUCCCGGCGUACAACAAACGGUCAAAAGGUGACUUGGUUGAUAUGGGACUUGCGAUGGAUUUUGACAGGAGAUGGUCAUCCAUUAUGGGCGAUCAGCAGAGCAACGAGUUAGAUGGCGUUGUAUCGAUGGAGCAGUUCAAGCGGAAACCUUUUUGGUUAUCACGCCUUUUCAGACCUAAGACAAUCGAAUCUGGAGGUACUGACAUGGUCAUGGAAACCGAGGAUGAUUUUAUUCCGCAACGUUUCCUAAUGGUUAAGCGGGGUAUUGUGGAUGAGUGUUGUUACAACUCAUGUACCGAUGCGCAGCUGAAAAGUUUCUGCGCUAGUUAGGAAGGCCAAAUAGUAAUCCAUAACCAGACUCUAAAUUUCUGUGAGGAGAUAUAUUCUAAAUUAGGAAUGAUAUAAAGUGUGUACAGUUUAAAAAAUAUGAGCUUUUUGGUGUUGCAAUGACAGAAUAAAACUCUGAAAAAUUAACUUAAUGUAUAAUCAAUAAAAUGAUCAUAAAUAGAAA